CCCAUUUAGGGCCGCUCACAUGGAGGAAGUUGGUCCGCACCGUAUUGCUUCCGACCGAAACACGGAACAAUAGUGUGAAUAAAUGAAUUACUGCAGCUGCAGAUGAAACUACUUUAAUGUUUGAUAUUCCAAGGGGAUGAGCUAGUGUCUGCAUUCAUACAGCAUUAACGCUGAAUAAAUCACACUAGUACUUCAGCAUUGAUUCAUGAUGUACAAGCAUUGGACUACAACGUUUUGAGUCUUUUGAAGCAGAGCUGUAGUUGUAGUCAUCAUGGGUCUGUUGUCUGACCCAAAUCGCAGAAAAGCCCUGACCAACCUCUUGACUCGCCUCAACACACCCAUAUGUAUGGUGUGCUACCUGGCGGCCAUAGUCUGGUUCAUGGGUCUGGCAUUUGAGCCCUUCACACUGCGCACAUACAUGUCAGAGAAUGCCAUGGGUUCUACCAUGGUGGAGGAACGCUUCUCCUCUGGGGAACGGGCGCUGUCCACUGCCAAGGAGUUUGAUGCUCACAAAAGAAAGGCAGGUGGCAUGCCGGUGGACUGGUUAGUGAAGGCAAUGCAGGCUCGAGGACUGGAGGUGUUCACUCAGAGUUUUUCCCGUAAGCUGCCAUUCCCUGAUGAGAACAAAGAAAGAUAUAUGGUUCGAGGCACAAAUGUGUAUGGGAUUUUGCGAGCUCCUCGAGCUCCUCGGACCGAGGCACUCGUGAUCAGUGCUCCCUGUAGUCCUGGAAACAGCAACAACCAGGCGGUCGGUCUUCUAUUGGGUCUCGCGCAGUAUUUCAGGAACCAGGUUUACUGGGCCAAAGACAUCAUAUUCUUGGUGAACGAGCAUGAUCUGAUAGGCAUGCAGGCCUGGCUAGAAGGCUACCACCACACUAACAUUACAGGAAUGGAGUACUCACCCCUGCAGGGUCGUGCAGGGUCAAUUCAAGCUGCCCUCUCAUUGGAGCUCAGCAGUGAUGUCAUUACCAGCCUGGACUUGAUUUUAGAAGGGCUCAACGGUCAGCUGCCCAACCUGGACCUGGCCAAUCUCUUCUAUGCUUUCUGUCAGAAGUUAGGAGUUUUGUGCACCAUUCAGGGAAAGCUCCAGAGGAAUGACUGGGACACAGCUGAGGGCUACACACAUGCGGCUCAGACCAUGAUGCUGAUGGUGUUAAAACAAGCUUGCGGACGCUCUUGGGGUGAUCACGGCCUCUUCCUCCGCUAUCACAUUGAAGCCGCUUCUAUUCGGGGCAUCAACAGUUUCAGACACUACAAGAUGGACACCACCACCAUUGGCAGAUUGUUGGAGGGAAUGGUCCGUAAACUGAACAAUCUCCUGGAGCGUCUUCAUCAGUCAUAUUUCUUUUACCUCUUACCUUCUCUCUCUCGGUUUGUCUCCAUUGGCUACUACAUGCCAGCGUUUGGCCUCCUGGCAGUCAUCUUACUGCUUCGAGCACUGGAUCUCUGGGUUCAUCUGGGAACACCUGCUCUGGCAGCAGUGGAUGGAGUCAGUGAAGCAGAGCAACCGUCCGGUCCGGGUGUGUUGUCAGUGUUAACCCCAGUGGUGAUAAGUCACCUGACAGGUGUGGCACUGUAUCUGCUACCUGUUCAUCUGCAGGAGAUUGCUGUGGAGCACUUCCCUGUGUCUGAAACUGAAGCUGUGGUGCUUACUGCUAUUGCCAUCUAUACCGCAGGCCUAGCCCUGCCACACAACACACAACGGUUGCUGUCUGGAGAGGGAACAGAGCAGGGCUGGAAAGUGCUGAAACUGACGGCUUUGCUCUAUCUAGCUGCAUUGUUGGGCUGCACAGCCCUCAUUAACUUCUCUCUGGGCUUCAUCUUGGCCGUCACACUGGUGCCCAUCACUGCCAGCGUCACGCCACACAUGCCCAAAGCUCUGAGUGCUCUGGCCAUGGUGCUGCUCAGUCCUGCCUUCACCAUCCUCUACUGUGUCUUCAUCUACCAGGAGCUCAUAGAAGCACCCGUCAGCAUCAAUGAGGGCUGGAUGCUCUUCCUGUCAGUCAUCUCACAGGGCAUUCUUGAUCAUACCCUCUACGGAUCGCUCGUCUAUCCACUUUUAGCCCUUUUCAUUUAUCCCUGCUGGCUAAUGUUCUGGAACAUUCUUUUCUGGAAGUAACCAUCUCAAGUAGCUUCUGAUGGAGCUGUUUUUGAGAAUAAUCCCACUUAGUGCCAAUCAUAAAGAUUUAUUCUCCAUCUGUGGGCAUUGUCUGCCAUUAGGGGUUGGCGGAAGAAAGAUCUAGGCGGAUGUCAGGCCCUAAGCAAGUACGAAUAAAGAGGAUUUAAUGGUGUGACUUCAACGGUAAGAGUUCUUUGGUCCAAGUAUUUAGUGUGUUUUUUUUUGGGAGGGGAAGGGAUUUAUUUAUUGCCCAAUUUCGUAAAUAGUUUCACAAAAUAUGACAUGAAGACAUAUGUAGGGCAGAAUUAAUUAAGCAAGCAGGAACGUUCAAAUUUAUUAGGAAAUAAAUUAAAUAUUGUUACUAGAUGAGUGGACUUAAUGAUUCAUUCAUUACCUCAUUUAUAGAAAAGGUAUUUACAUAGUUUUGAUCUCUGGGGUACUGGAGUCUUAUUAUCAAUAUGGUAUGAUACUCGAAGUUUACAACAGGAUUGUUUUGUUUUUCAUAUAUUCAAUAAAAUAUUCAAAGGCCUUGUCAUUUAAUUAUCUGUGGACAUUACAAAAGGCAGAAAUUAGAAAAUGACUCAACCUUAAAGCUUCCCAGAUUUAUUUUCUUUAAUGCAUUGCAUCCAGUUUAUUCAAUUUGUGCUAGGCAACACUGUCUUCAUAUGCUCCAAUAAAUUAUGCACAUGGGUCUUUUUGAAUAUUAAAUGUGAUUAAAAAACUUUAAAGAAAGUGUCAGAGAAAUACUGUUGCUUAAUUGUUUUUUUUUUUAUAUAUAUAUUUAAAUCAAGUUUCCCCAUGUCUCAAGUGUUAAUAUUAUUAAUAAAACAUUAAUAACUUUAAUAAAACAACAGUUUGAAUUGAGAAA